GAUUGUUCUACUUCUCUCGCUCCUAUCCGAUUUACCGUGAACUUUAACCACGCCACCGCGAAUAUAAGAAUCGCGAUGUUCUCUGCUCUAUGUCAGUUGAACCGAGAAUGAAGAAGAAAUCGAGAAUCAUGAAAUAUCUACUGUUAUUCGCGCUCACGGCUGCCGCAAUGGCAACUGAAGAUGUAACUGAGAAUGUAACUGAAACUGUAAGUAAAGACCGAUUGGCUGAAAACUUCGCUAAUGUGUUGGGAAUGAACCAAUCGGACGCUGAAAUCUGCACUCGUCAGUGGAAUACAACAAGUGAUGACAUUUUUUAUAUACAGCAAGUGUACGAUAAGGAACGCGAGAACGAUGAUCCAGUACUCUUGAAGCGAAUAAGCUGCGCGCUGCACUGUUGCUUCGAGAAGCAAGGAUUGAUUUUGGAAAGGGAGAUACAGAUAGCGAAGUUCAACGAUCUCGAUAGUAACUUAAUCAUUCCGCCAGAAGUGAAUGCGCGCGAUGUUAUACGUACUUGCGAAGCACAAGUGAAAGAUAUACCCGACAAGUGUCUUUUGACCUUCGAAUUCGGCAAGUGCGCGAUACGCCGAUUCUACAGCCUGUAGAAGACAUGACAACAACCAUUCAUCAAUCAAACAAACUGGCCUGAUUACUUCAUAAUACAUACUUGCGUAACAUCGAUGAUGCACGGGCUUACAUCAAGAGACUGUAAAACGGUAAUCGUUACAAAUUAAUGCGACACACUAACUAAUGAAUCCGAUUCGCGAGAAAAAAACAGAAGAACAAGAUGAAUAUUUAAACCUGUAAAAUGCAAAAUAUUAUAUAGAAUAUUCAAUGGAGAAUCUGAGAAUUCUUUAGUGAAGAAUUUGAAAAAUCGAAAAGCGGAAGUACUUUAGAAUUCAUUACUUUACAGCGCAAUAAAGAAAAAUAAAUGUUCUGCGAAAAUCUGUUAUUUUAUUUUAAUGAUACCACUAUCAGUGCUUGUAAACGGUGACGAUUCGCCGGAACUGGUUCUCUUGAAAACGAAACCGUGGACAAAAAGAAUUCAUAUCGAAGUUUCGCUAAUUUUUCCUUGUAAACUACGAAUCUAAGACGAUUCCAAAAUGAAAGGAUUAAAAACACACUAGCAUCUUCUACGAAUCAUACAAAUUUACUACGUAACUCGUCGAACGUACAAUAAUUGUUCGAAAAUUGUUUUCUUAGAUAGUGUCACAUCAUCGAGACAUGUAAAAAUUGCAAUAAAUUCUAGAUGAUUUUCUCGAAUUGGACAAUUAUACUGUAAUCAUUAUAGGUGUUUGGUAAGAUCUCUGCAUAGUUUAUAGAAUUUCUGCAACAUCACUAUCUUCUCGAUCAAUUUCUGUAGUACGACAAGAUCUUGGUGACAAUGUAGUUAUUCUUUUAUUGAUGGAAAGCUCUAUUGUUCAAAUGAAAACUACUGCAUUACAUUGUCGACGCCUGUGAUAUUCACAGAAUCGUUACCCAGCGAAUUUUUGCAAUGAAUUAACGGAUAAUCGAAAAUUACGGUUUCGUUGCGAUUUGAGGAAUCACCGAGACAAUCGUACCCCGCGCAAUUAAUUUAUACUUGAUAUUAUUAUUAAUCCAUUGUCUGGCGAAAAAUUGAAACCAAAUAUCUGACGCAUCGAAGAAAUUGAAAAUUUUGCAUAAAGAUCUGCUAACCAAUUAAAUCGGAUAAUCAGGACACAACAGUUAUAUUUGUUUAAAUAUACCCUUAAAAAUUGCAUUUAAGGAAAGAUCAAUCACCCAAUUAAAUCAACUAAUCAAAGUUC